CGGAACGAUAUAGGUAGGACAGUUUGACGGGGGGUGUACUAUGUCCCUCUGUGCCCCUUGAAGGGGUAUCGUCACCUACACGCCGAACGUCCACCUUGUCGUGCCUCCCCCCACCCCUGUCACCCAAAGCUCCGCCCCACCAGUGCGCACGCUGACUCACCCCCCACUUUUGUUACAGCACUGGACAAGUUGGGUAUGCGACAUCUCUUCGCUAACAGUGCUCCUGAACCGGUGCAAGUGAAUGCCGCGUUCGACAUCGCCAGUUUGAUACUUUACGGAUGUCAAGCUCUGCCAAUCCGAUUGAAAAUAUUAUUGGACCGUUUGUUUUCUGUGCUGCGCAACGAUCAAGUGGUGCGGGUCUUGCAUGGAUUUGGCUGGACACCGGACGACUACUCUAGAGGAUACAUCUUACAGGAGUCACACGGCAGCACUCUGGACCGAUGGAGUAUAUGCAGUCCUGAGGAGGAGCCUCUGGUCCUCCAGCAGUUCCUCAGGUUCGGAGAGACGCGGGCAAUAACGCAGCAGUUACUUUUGGCACAGCAGGCGCUUCAGGACCCCACACUGGAGCGGCUAGAGCGGCUGCACUCGCCUCAUCCCCCACGCAACCGGGCGAUGUCCCCAAACCGUCACGGCCCAUCACCGACGACCGUCCCACAAUCGGCUUUCCAUCCGUCGCGUUUGCCCACAAUGUCGCCGCAUCAAAAGCACCCGCUCAGCUUUCUCAAGAUGCCAACAUCCAACGGACCCAUAUCCUCAAACUCGCCGCCCCGAAGUAUUAACAGCUCGCCACUGAACCGACUCCAAAACAUGCAGCCGUUCGACUACCGCAAACUCGGCGCCGGCCUGUGCAACUUCCCUAGUCGUGUCAGUCCGGACGUGACCAGAAGACGUACAUCAGAAAACGAAUCUGUGGGCCUGAACCUGAGCAUGGCCACCUCCCUGUCUCUGCCGCCUCCUCCACCGCCGCCCAGUCACUCGGCGGCCGCAAUGGCGGCUGCCGCCGCCGUAUCCGUGAACUCUAGUUUAGUGGCGGCCAGUCUGGUCGCCUCCUCCUUCCCCGGGCUAAUGUCCUCCAAAAUGUCGACGGGUAACCGAUCACCAUCCAGUGCGGAAGCGGCCACCGGCAACAACAACAGCGAAGACGACGAGGAGGACGAGAACUCGCACAGCGCCCUGAACCUAAGCCGCGACCGCGACCUGCACAAAACACCCCGCCACCGCAGCAUCCCCGGCAGAAAACCGGCCACCCCAACGAAAAGACAGUGGGGCUCCCCCAGCCUGCCCUUGAACCUCGGCACCCAGUUCAUCAAUCCGGCGACCGGGAAGAAACGCGUGCAAUGCAACGUUUGCCUGAAAACGUUCUGCGACAAAGGUGCUUUAAAGAUCCACUUCUCCGCGGUGCAUCUACGCGAGAUGCACAAGUGCACGGUGGAAGGUUGCAACAUGAUGUUCAGCUCGAGGCGAUCCAGGAACAGGCACAGUGCUAACCCCAAUCCCAAAUUGCAUUCGCCUCACCUCCGACGGAAGAUAUCGCCGCACGAUGGCAGAAGUGCACAGUCGCACCCCAUUUUAAUACCCCCGCAAACCGGACUGAGUCUGCCAGCUGCAGCUGCCGCCCUAAAUCCGCUUAAUCCGUUCGGGCCUUUCCCGUUAUUGACUCCCCCGCCGGAUAUGAAAUACCAUCCGCUGGCGAUGGACUUUAAACAAACAUUGGAUUUGAGCAUGCAGAGGCUUGAGGAGAACAAACACUCCUUGAAGGAAUACAGCGGUUUGUCCUUAACUCCGAGUCAGCAGCAGUCUCAUUCCGAAGACGAUGAAGACGAUGAUGAUGGAAUUGUUGUGGUGGCGGGUGAUGAAGAGGAUGACAAAAAUGAUUCCACUAAUGGAGUAUCGGUUGCGUCAUCUGAUCAACCAGAAGACUUUAGUAUGCCAGUGAAAAAACAAAAAAUGUCAGUUUCUGAUGUAGAAGAAGACAUAGCCAGUAAUGUAGAUUCCAAUGAAGAUUCUUUAAGUGUAGUAGACACCCACAGUUUAAAAGACGAAAGCAAUGUACAAACCAACAAAAGGAAGAGGAAGAGUCAAAAUCCUACAAGGUGUGCAGUACCAACAGUAAUGGAAGACGCAGUUAGCGACGGAGACUCAUCUAACGACGUAUUCUCUGAACGUUUGAUCGAAAAACCAAAACCAAUGGAAGUGGAAGAACCCAAAGUAAAAGAGGAACCGGAAGUCAAAGUUGAGGAAAGAUGCGAGUCCCCUUUAAAUUUGGGAAAACGCAGUCCAGACGUAAACGCCAACGAACCGGAAAAGCCCAUUAGUCCAGAAAUCAAAACUAGCCUAGCUCCAUUGUUCAUGAUCGACAAGUUAAAAAAAGAAAAGCCAUUUCAUGAGACUGAACCGACGGAAGAACCAGAACCAGAAGAGCGACCGGCUAGUUCAGUAGAGAGCAACAAAAGUGACGAAUCCUUCGAUUCGUCAAACCCCUUGCGCCACUUGGAGAGUUUGUCACAUGGACAUUUUGGUGAUUUGAUGGCAAGGCAUCUAGGUUUACCCCCACAAAACCCCCAGUUCCCGCCGUUGGGGUUUAUGAUGGGAGGUGGUCCGCCCAGCCCAGCCCGUUCCCAGGCUUCUUCUGCUGGAAGUAGUAACGGAGGCGAAUCACCGGACGAAAAUAGUCAAAACCAGUUGUUCGGUCACUACGACAACGGCCAGUUCAUCAGUACCAUGGAUGUGCCAAUCGAUAAGGAUAACCCGAGGAGGUGCACGGCCUGUGGCAAAAUCUUCCAGAACCAUUUUGGCGUCAAGACCCACUACCAAAAUGUCCAUUUGAAACUGAUGCACAAGUGCAAUGUGGACGGUUGCAAUGCGGCGUUUCCCUCCAAGCGAAGCCGAGACAGGCACAGUGCCAACUUGAACUUGCACAGGAAACUCCUCUCCACCACAUCCGAUAAGUCUGCGACCAGCUUGUUCCUGGAGAAGAGUCCAUUCGCUAGUCUCACUGGCAAUCCAGCCUUGCACAACGACUUCCUGACCAGGUUGUACGCCGAAGAAGCUUUGAAAAGUCACCAUCUUCCACCUCCAAAUCUAGAUCAAUUAAUGCUGAACGGUGAUAGAAUACCCCAUCCUCCGCUACUUCUUCCACCACUGGCCGGUCUUCCAUUCCCCCUGGGAAACUUCAAUCACUUCAGCCAGUUCAACGGUUCCUCCACACCAUCGCGGAAGGAACGGUCGUCCAGUUCGAGUUCACCGGUUUCGGGAUCUCCGCCGCCAACCAACCUGUCACCGAGUGCGUCGAAAUACGUGCACUGUGUGGAAGAGGACAUGCCGACGCCCGACAAGGAAGGUAACCUACCCUGUAGACUUUGCAAGACCUCCUUCAGCUCGUCCUCACAGCUGAAGGACCACUGCGAGAAGAACCACAUAUCGGAAAUGUUCAAAUGUACUGUUAUGGGCUGUCCUAAAGUAUUUAUAUCGCGGACGAGGAGGAACAUCCACUCGGAAAACGAGUCCUUGCACGUGAACUCGACGGGCAAGGAGUCCCAAGUAUCGUGACCGUUAAACAAUGUUUUAGAUUUUAGAACAGUGCCGUUUUGGUGGUGAUCGAACUGAUGGACUCUAGAUUAUGUUUCAUAUAUGUGAUUAUAGUUUAAUUAGUUAUUAUUUCUUGAAGCCAGUUUCAUUUCUUUAAUUUAUUUAACGCUUGUAUAAAGGAUGUUUAUGUACUUUGUCUCCGAAUGUACGAUACACAUUAUGAUGAACAUGUGAUCAUGGUUACUUACUUAGUAAUUUGUGUGCGUUCCUAUUUUUUCCGUACUGUUUAUGUACAUAUGUUCGAGGUAUGUGUAUGUUUGGGAUGGAGUUUACUUUUUACUUCAGUGAUGUUUUUUUUUAUUACUCUGUAUAGAAAAUUAGCCAGUCUUGACAAAAUACUCAUUGUACAUACUUAGUAGAUAUUAGAGAUCAUUAGUACGAUGUGAUUACAACAAAUUGCUAUUAAUGUGAAUAUUAUAUCCAAUUGCUCAUUUUUAUAAUCUAAUGGUUUUUCUUUUUAUCGAUAGUGAAAUUGUCGCUUACAGAAUUCCCGUUGUUUAACAAAUAAUAUUCACUUAUAGAUAGAAAAUAUUCAAAUGUAUAUUUAAAUGUGCAAUAACUCUGUAAAUACGCUAUCUUGCCUAUAAAUGUAUAGAUGUAUAUAUUAUUUAAUAUAAGUUUCAAAACCAAGGAUUAUAUUUCAUCCUUAAUACGUAUACGAACGAAUUUUUCGCCAAAUUAUUUUCCUGGUUUAUUUAUUUACCAAAAAAAUGGUUUUAGUGAACAGAAAAACAAACCUUUAUGAAAUGUACAAUUUAGUUAAAUAGUUUGUAAAUUAUUUCGAUUUUAUGUUCGCGAAAAGUAUUUUUUUGGGGAAUGUUUAAAAAAAAAACCUUUUGUAUAACUAUAUAAGCACCAUUGUAAAUGUUUGUUAUUGCAUAUUCACCUUCUUGUGUACAGUAAUCAGUAAUAUGUACUGCCUCUGGGCUUUAUUAAACCUAUAGCUGUCGUA